AUGUUAAAGCUAAUUUCAACUCUAUUCAGCUUUUACGGGAUCUUAUAUCUCCUAUUAUCACACUCAGCCAUUCUUACCUGUAGAUACGGCCAGAACCAUCUAUCAUCUGUUCAUUAAAAAUACGUCAACGGGAGAAAUGAAUAGUAUGGAUUUCACUGGCAAUAAAUCGACUCUAAAUUUAUGGAAAAAUGCCCUUAGAAAUUUCCAAGAAUUGUAUUUUCAUUAUCUGACUACAUUCUAGACAAGCAUCCUUCAUUCUCAGGAGUCAUCGCUUAAUACACAAAUGACUUUUUGAGUGGAUUAACUUCUAUGCAUGAUUUUAUAUUGCUCAGUGGAAUUCUUUUAACGAUUGCAGAAAAUUUAGUAUUUUAGUAAGAAAUAGAAUUCAUCAGAUUUUAAAUUAUCGAAAUAGUUACUACUUGA